AUGCUCUCCCUGCUUUCUGCACGCCCUGCCUUGGAUCUUGUCCUCGCCUCUCCUUCCCGCUUCUCCUCCUCCUCCUCCUCCCUCCUGUCCGAGCUGGACUCAGCCUGGGAUGCAGCCCUCCGGUCACCCUCCUGGUACGACCCUGCCCUCACCUCGCGCCGCCUUCACCCAGCUGCCCCGAUGCCUCGCCUCGAGUCCCUGCCCGACGCCCACGUGGUGACCAUGGACACGCCCGGGGUGGCGGCGAGGGACCUGGCGCUGACGCUCGUAGGCGACCGGACGCUGGAGCUCGUCGUGUCGGCCGGGUCUCCGGCUGCCUCCGACCGAGACGACACUGAGGGCUCCCCCCGCAGCUCCUCCUCCGUCCUCCUCCGCCAGCGCAUCGCCCUCCCCUCCGACGCCGACCCCCGCAAGAUCCGCUCCGAGUACUCUGACGGCCGCCUCCGGGUCGAGAUAGCCCGACGCUCUACCGCCGCACACCACCGCCACAUCACUCAGGUCCGCGACGACGACGAGGAGGACGAGGAGCUUGUUGGGCUCGAGGCCUCGUACGCGAGCAAGCGAGCGCGGCUAGGAGAGCUGACGGAGGAGCUGCGCCGUGAGCGGCGAGAGCUGGCCGGCCUUGAGUCUGAGCUCCGGGCCGCGAGGCAGGAGGCCCGCCGGAAGCGAUCGAGCCGCCGCACUCUCAUCGCGAUCGAGAGGCCGGCGGGGGAGGAGCGCAAGCGCGAAGAGGCGGGAGAGAGCGAGGAGGGGAAGGAUAGACGGGCAGGAGUAGAGUAG